GAGAAACUUAUGCAAUCCUCAAGCUCCAAGACCCUGAGGAAUCCAGGAAACUAUGGCACCUCUGUUCAUUGUCAGAUUCCGGUUGCUGUUCUUGAGGAUAAUAGGCUUUCUCAUAGGCUUAAUAGGAGAAGCUGUUCGUGCUUUGGAAGGCAACAAAUUUGACUCAAAGAGCAUUGGACCAGUGACUGAACCUUUGCUUUUGCUUUCUGGGGUACAACUCGCCAAAAUGAUUCGACAGAGGAAGAAUUUCAGGAAACUAGACACCAACUUUAUUAGUAGCGGUGACAUUUGUUUGGAGCAAAUUCAGCUCCAGGAGUUGAAAGUAGGAGGGGUUCCACCAAUUGCCCAAAUGCCUUCCAUUGUAGCAGCUUUGCCAAACCGUUCAAUUGGUGGUGUCAGUUCCAAGGUUCCAUCAGUCAUCAUAGUGGAAGAGCUGGGGCACCAGCUGCUCUUCCGUUCUCCGAAGGUCUUGGCGGCUCAUCAAAUCCUGAAUCAGUAUAAUCUUGUGCUAGUGGCGAGCAGCCUCCAUAUCCAUCUCCAGCUGCUCACGGGCUUCCUUGAUGUUGCGGUCCACUUGAUCCUGCUGCUGCUUCUCCAUCUCAGUAAACCCCUUCCAGCACAUGGCAUAUUCAUACUCAAAGGAGCCAGGCUGUGCAAAUCGAGAAUUAGUGCUGUAUUGGAUAUGGAGCUGAUCUUGGCCUCUGAUUAUGGUGGCUGUGACCAAUCUGUAGCCAGCAGCUUUCUGGAUGAACCACCACCUACUCCACAGAAUGUCUGCAUUACCCUCCUGGCUUCUAUGGUGCGUGCAAAUGGAGAUAGUUCUAGGCUGCUCCCAUUUCAGGAAAAAUUUGUCUCCCACUUAAAUCCUGUACAUUUACUCCAUGCUCCACCACUGGCUCAUGUCAUGCUCCACCUCUUUGUCCUGCACUGGUUUGAGGCAGCUAGAAAAGAUGCACUUGCUGUAGAUCAAAGACUUGCAGAAAUGCAGGAAGAUGAAGCCAUCCUAGAAAAGAAAUGGCCAUUCCUUGGUGUACCUUUGACAGUAAAAGAAUCUUUCCAACUGCAAGGAAUGCCCAAUUCUUCUGGCCUUUUGAACCGUCGUCAUAAAAUUUCAAAUACAGAUGCCACUGUAGUUGUAUUACUGAAGAAGGCUGGGGCCAUUCCCCUUGGCAUAACAAACUGUAGUGAGCUGUGCAUGUGGUAUGAAUCAAGCAACAAGAUCUAUGGCCGCUCCAACAAUCCUUAUAACUUACAGCAUAUUGUAGGUGGAAGUUCUGGAGGUGAGGGCUGCACUCUUGCAGCUGCCUGUUCAGUGAUUGGUGUGGGCUCUGAUAUUGGUGGUAGUAUUCGGAUGCCCUCUUUCUUCAAUGGAAUUUUUGGACAUAAGCCUUCACCAGGUGUGGUUCCCAACAAUGGUCAGUUUCCUAUGGCUAGGGAAGCCCAGGAACCGCUUCUAUGCACUGGUCCAAUGUGUCGCUAUGCAGAAGACUUGCUACCCAUGUUGAAGGUCAUGGCAGGACCUGGCAUCAGAAAGUUAAAACUGGACACUAAAGUACAUUUAAAAAAUUUGAAAUUUUACUGGAUGGAACAUGAUGGAGGCUCAUUAUUAAUGUCCAAGGUAGACCAAGAUCUCAUUCAGGCCCAGAAAAAGGUCGUGGUUCACCUUGAAACUAUCCUUGGAGCCUCAGUUCAGCAUGUUAAAAUGAAGCAAAUGAAAUAUGCUUUUCAGUUGUGGGUCACAAUGAUGUCCUCAAAAGGAGUUGAUGGGAAGGAACCUGUAAAAUUUGUGGAUCUGCUUGGUGACCAAGGGAAACCUAUCAAUCCUCUGUGGGAAUUGAUCAAAUGGUGCUUUGGUGUGUCCAUAUAUACAAUCCCUUCCAUUGGACUGGCUUUGUUUGAAGAAAAAUUCAAAUACAACAGUGAGAAGUGCAAAAAGUAUAAGAAGGUGGAAGAAAGUCUCUACAAAGACCUAGUGGAGAUGUUAGGUGAUGAUGGUGUGUUAUUAUAUCCUUCACAUCCCACAGUAGCUCCAAAACAUUAUGUUCCUCUAACAAGGCCUUUCAACUUUGCUUACACAGGUAUCUUCAAUGUCUUGGGUUUGCCUGUGACUCAGUGUCCACUGGGUUUGAAUGCCAAGGGACUUCCUCUAGGAAUUCAGGUUGUGGCUGGACCCUUUAAUGAUCACCUAACCUUGGCUGUGGCUCAGUACUUGGAGAAGAGUUUUGGGGGAUGGGUAUGUCCUGGAAAGUUUUAGCAGGAUAUUCUUGGGUGAAUGGGUGUUCAUCAGUGUGUCUCUUUUGAUUUAGAUGGAUUUGAAAGUCAACAGAGAAAUAGAUAUAUAAAAUAUAGAAUUUAUUCACAUAUUCAGUUAUUGUUCUACUUCUGUUUCACUGUUUCUUCUUUAUAAAAUGAUCAUGAUUAAUUUCCUCUUUCCAUUCGAUUGGAGAACAUGGUCAUGUAAAAUG